AUGUCAGCCAGAAGUCAACGGAUGAGAAUUUCACUCCAUCACACUACACCAUUUUUGGUAAGGCUCUCACAGGCAUCUGUAAAAUCAUUGGGGGAUAUUUUGUUUCGGCAUUUAAAUUCUUUGGUUUUUUUACCCCCUCCAGGCAAUGAACGGAAGGACCCGUAUCACUAUACGGACAGGAAAGUGGGCCGUGGCUACUGGUAUUUCUCAAACACCAUCUUCCCGUUGCGGCCAAAAAUCGAUCCGAGGCUGGAAAAAGCGAUGAAACGGAGUGUUUUUAUAUUCGCAGCACUCCUCGCUGGCUUACUGGUCGAUUUCAAAUGGUCAGUCUUACGCAGCAGUUUAUCCGGUUUGUUCUCUCUUAUUGUUUCAAGGCUUGGAUAUCAGAUUAAAAAGCUCACAAAGAAUUUUCGUCCCGAAGCUGCUGAACGUGGGCUGAAUGAAAACAGCGAGCCGACGGAGCCCUAUCAUGCACUCACAGGUGUCACUCACAAAGAAGAAAAAAAGAAAAAAAAGAAAGUGACUUUUCGAGAAAGACGAAUUAUCGAAUACGAAAAUCGCAUACGCACCUAUUCCGCUCCGGACAAAAUUUUCCGCUAUUUUGCAACACUGAAAGUUAUGAAUGAAGAGGGUUCGCCGCGAGCUUUCGAGAUUUACAUGACUCCUGAAGAUUUUGUGCGUUCGUUGACGCCAGGAAUAAUGCAGCCUCGUGGCCUAGAACUUGAUAAAUUCAAAAUUUAUGAUCCAAAUAAAAAAAAGCGCACAUUUGCUGGUCCAGAGAGCAUAUUCACCCAGCUGGAUGAACAUGGCCUGAUAAGUUUUGGGGAUUACUUGUUCCUAAUGACGGUCCUCUCCACGCCUCCAUCCGAUUUCGCAUUGGCAUUUCGUAUAUUCGACCUGAAUGGUGACGGUUAUUUGGAUAAAAGUGAAUUUGAAAAAGUGCAGGAUUUGGUACUUUCCCAGACAAAUGUCGGACAGCGCCAUCGUGAUCACGCAGCAGUUGGUCUCUACGCCAGCAAACACAUCAAUUCCGCACUUUCGUGUUAUUUCUUCGGCAAAAAUGGUGAUCAGAAAUUGUCUGCCGAGAAAUUUCUGAAUUUUCAAGCACGUCUCUUCCGGGACAUAUUACGAAUUGAAUUGGAACGCCGCGAUGUGGAAGCACUUCCGACUCGAAUGAUCUCGGCAGUAUCGUUCGCUGAUUUGCUCCUUGUAUACUCCGGUGUUUCCGAGAUCAAACAGAGGAAAAUGCUGAAACGGGUGAAAAAGAAAUUCAAAUCACGGCCAGAAAACGAAGUAACAUUGGAACUUUUUUUACAACAUUUUCAGACGAGACAGCAUGUAUUUUAUCACUGA